GCCCCGCCGAUAACUAUCCGUAAGUCUUCUCUUUGUAAAACGCUUUGCUCAUAGACAUCCUUCCAUCCAACCCGGACGAACGUCUGUAUCGUGCGCGAUUUAUAUGCCACCUACCGUCUCCCCCCGCGAACAUGUCGCACUGCCACCACCACUCACAACCACUGCGUGAUUUUCCUACUACCACUAUCAUGGAACCAUGGUGCUGCAGCCGCCUCGUACUGCCUACUCGGUAAUCUUGCUGUGCGUCCCACGUGCUGGUCAUCUAGUCCGACUCGAUAAUUUACCGUCAUGGCAGAUGGCGGGUCUGAAGCCUCUCUUCAGCUUAAGUAGGUGGUUGAGCUGCAUUCCACAUUCCCUUUGUUGUCGUUUUGCCCCUCUUUGUUUUGUGACACCUUCCUGCCUCGAACCCCGCUGCCAAAUGAGUGAGAACGGUCACGUACAUUUCGACGACAAGACUCUGCAAAGAGAACGGACGAAAGAAUCGUCCAUGAGUUCGCGCAAGAAGUCUAUCGCUGAGAAGGAGGCCGAUAUCGAAUCGGUCUGGUCGGACGAGCCAUAUGGUUUGGAAGAGCGCGAUUACAAGAAGAAACAGACGUUCAAAGGAUGGACUCUACUCUAUCUCGCCUACCAGUCCACUGGAGUGAUUUACGGUGAUAUCGGAACCAGUCCGCUCUAUGUCUACUCAUCUACAUUCAGCUCUGAGCCUUCGAGAGACGACCUUCUUGGUGCAUUGUCACUCAUCAUCUGGUCUUUGACCCUGAUAGUUACCAUCAAGUAUGUUCUAAUCGUCCUAGCCGCCGACGAUGAAGGAGAAGGAGGCACAUUUGCCAUAUAUACUUUGUUAUCACGCUUUAGCGAUAUCAUGAAAAGAGACCCACGAACAUAUCACGCUAUCAAGAUGGAAAGAUACCCCAAUGCCGAGCUCAAUAGACAAAGUCGUAGCAUCAGAGCUUGGCUUGAGAAGAGCAAGGUUGCACACGCGAUAUUGAAGAUCCUGGCCGUCUUCGGUGUCAGUCUGAUCAUCGCAGACGGUAUUCUUACACCCGCACAAUCGGUGCUUGGAGCUAUCCAAGGCUUGAAGGUAGUCGACGACAGCAUUGGUAGCCCGACAAUUAUCGGUGUCAGUUGUGCAAUUCUCGUCUUGCUGUUUGUUUUGCAACCACUCGGCAUUCAGAAGUUGGCCAGUUGCUUUGCUCCUAUCGUCAUUCUUUGGUUGCUGUUCAACAUGUCUUUCGGUAUCUAUAAUCUCGUCAUGCACGACUGGACAGUCUUGAAGGCUUUCUCCCCCUACUAUGCCGGCCUCUACUUCAUGCGUCUGAAGGAGGAGGGAUGGCAGUCACUCGGUGGCAUCUUGCUCUGCUUCACGGGUGUCGAGGCAUUAUUUGCUGAUCUCGGUGCCUUCAGCAAACGUGCUGUCCAGAUAUCAUGGCUCUGCCUUACCUUCCCCUGUCUUCUUCUGGCAUACAUCGGCCAAGCAGCAUAUAUCUCUCGCACCCCAUCAGCAUAUGCCAAUCCCUUCUUCGAGACUGUGCCUCCUGGCAUGUUUUACCCUUCGCUUGUCCUUUCGAUUCUCGCCGCCAUUGUCGCUUCUCAAGCUCUCAUCACCAGUACCUUCCAAUUGCUCAUUCAGCUCAUGCAUUCUUCCUAUUUUCCGCAGAUCAAGGCGACUUAUACUAGCACCAAAUUCCAUGGGCAGGUGUAUAUACCUCUGGCCAACUGGAUCAUGAUGGUCGGCACUGUGAUCGUUACUGCCGUCUACAGCAACACUACCAAACUCGGACAUGCCUACGGUGUCUGCGUCAUCCUCGUCACUUUCAUCACCACGAACCUUGUAACCCUCGUCGCACUUAUCGUCUGGAAAACGAAUCCCUUCCUCGUCUUCGCCAUCUGGCUGCCCCUCGUCACCCUCGACGGCCUCUACCUCUCCUCCGCCCUCACGAAAGUUCCAGACGGCGCAUGGUUCACCCUCCUUCUCGCCAUGCUCCUCGCCUCCUUCUUCAGCCUCUGGCGCUACGGUAAAGAAAAACAAUGGACUACCGAAGCCAAGACCCAAGCCCAACUCUCUGAAUUAGUAGUAUAUUCAUCCAAUAACCUUGCUUCCUCCACCGCAACAUCCCACGACAUGUCAGCCAAGAAAUCAUUCCAUCUCUCCUGGCGACACGGCGGUGGCGAACUGACAGAAACAAAAGGCAUGGGCAUCUUCUUCGACAAAUCUGGCACCGACAUCCAUGUCCCUCAGGUGUAUGAACACUUCAUCACGAAAUUCGAAGCGCAGAUGCAAGUUGUGGUUUUCCUGCACUUGCGCGCGUUAUCUGAACCUCAUGUUCAUGAGGAAGAUCGCUACACUAUCGCUCGUACGCCUUUGCCUAAUGUGUAUCGUAUGACUAUACGCUAUGGCUACGUUGACAGAGUGGUGACUCCUGACUUGGGCAAAUUGGUCUAUGAGCAAGUACGCAUGGCUAUUGUCAGGGGAACUGUGGUCAGCAGGCCGAAAGCGACGGUGCCGGAGACUGUGAUGAGUAGGGCGCUGCACACCGUUGGCGAUGGAGAGUUGGAUGCUGAUACUGCGACCGUUACUACUUUCGCCGCUGAUGGACCGGAAUCUUCGACCUCUGGUGCUACCGCGCUGGUUACUUCUCAUCGUCUGCUGGCGCUGGACAAUGCGUUCAAAACACAAACGCUGUAUCUUGUUGGCAAGCAGCAAUUGAGGGUAUACGAGAUGACCGGAUGGGUGAAGAAGACGUUGCUCGGGGCCUUUCUUUUCGUCAGAGAGAACACCAGAGCAAAGGUCGCGCAGCUUGAUGUUCCAGUGGAGAAGUUGGUGGAGGUCGGUUUCGUGGGUGAAAUCUAGGUGUUUGGAGGCUUGUUGAUGAGUGUUACGACGGAAGGUACAUAGAUUCAUGAUGCAUAUGCGAAAUUCGUUUAUUCGACGUCC